AUGAUAGCCACUAGACAUACGAGGAGAUACAGAUUCAAUAUUCAACCUAAAAAUAUGGUGAGAAACUAUAAAAAUUUGAGUUAUGAAAAGAAACAAGAAUACAUCCAAAAGAAAUCAACAAAAAAUAAAGAAAGAAGAUUGGCAAACAAAACAUCAAACACAGAGACAUAUGGCAGCAGCUCAUCUAACCAAGAAGUACCGACUGAAAUUCAAAACAAAACUAAAAAUGACAAGAAAAGAGAACUCACAAAUAUAAUGCCAGAUAUAGAGAGUAAUGAUGAGCAAACGAAUUCAAAAAAACCACGUGUUGAAUGGUUAUGUAGAGCCCAAAUGGACAAGGUUGAAUAUGAUGGAGAAAUAUCAUAUGAACCGGUAUGCUCGCCUCUACACAAGCUUAAAAAGGUCCUUCCAUGUAGCUAUUGCGGAGCUAAAAGAUUUGAAUACGAGCCACCGACAUUUUGCUGCCAGAAUGGAAAAGUAAAAUUGGCAACAUCAAAAAUUCCAGAAGAACUAUUAUUAUUAUUCACUUCAGACUGUGAGGAAGCAAUCCAAUUUAGAAACAACAUCCGACUAUACAAUAGUAUUUUCGCAUUCACAUCAUUUGGAGUCAAAUUGGACAAAGAGUUAGCUUCAAACAGAAAAGGAGUUUACACAUUUCGAGCUCGAGGACAAAUAUAUCACGAACUACCAACUUUAAUUCCACAUGACGGAAUUCCGAGAUACUUUCAACUAUACUUUUAUGAUAGUAGCAAUGAGCUAGAGAAUCGAAUGAAUGCAGUUGGAGAGGCAGAUUUAAAUAGACAACUCAUGGAAAAACUGAUGAGCAUUUUAGCAGACAACCCAUAUGCUCAAUUCUUCCGAAGUCUGAAUAACUAUGAAUCUCACAAAAAUAUUGAAAUUAGGAUCGCAUCAACUGUAAGAUCAAAUCAGCAGGUAUAUAAUGCACCUACAUCAAGCGAAGUCGCAGCUAUUUGGGUGGAAGGAAACAGCCCGAAUGCUCCAUUUGAAAGGGAAAUAAUAAUUCAUGCACACUCAGGACACAAUUACAAAAUCAAGCAGUUUUUCGGCUGUUACGAUCCAUUGCAGUAUCCCUUUCUCUUUCCAAAAGGUGAAAGUGGAUGGCAUCAGAAUAUUAAAAGACAUGACCCGUCAAACAAAACAAACUUGCAACAAAGCGGAAUUAAUUUUCAAAAUGUUGCAUCAGCCUCUGAAAUAAUUGAGAGAGAGAAUCAAGUUGCCAAACCAAAUACCCGUGGAAAUGUGUCGUGCCGAGAAUAUUACUGCUAUAAACUACAAAUAAGAGAUGCAGAAUUCCCAAUACUACUUCUUGCAGAUCGCCUGCUGCAGCAAUAUGCGGUUGACAUGUACAUCAAAAUAGAAACAACAAGACUUGAUUAUAUAAGAAGGGAACAAUCGCAAAUAAGAGCCGAGUUAUAUUCCGGAAUUGUAGAUAGCAUAAUAGCUGGCGAGACUAGAGCAGAUCAAGUGGGGAAAAGAUUAGUGUUGCCCGCAUCUUUCAUAGGAGGACCUAGAGACAUGCGACGAAGGUACAUGGAUGCAAUGGCAUUAGUUCAAAGAUUUGGAAAACCUGAUUUAUUUAUAACAAUGACAUGCAACCCCGAGUGGGAAGAAAUAAAACAAGAGUUAAAACCAAAUCAAACUUCAAAAGCAAGAGCUGAUUUGAUUGCAAGAGUUUUUCGAGCAAAGCUACAAGAUCUCAAGGAUUUGUUAUAUAAAAAAGAAAUUUUUGGCCGAAUAGCAGCUCAUGUCCAUGUUAUAGAGUUUCAAAAAAGAGGUUUACCACAUGCCCAUAUAUUAAUCAUAUUGCAUCCUCAUCAUAAAUUGUCAAGUCCGGAUGAAUUUGAUAAAUAUAUCAGUGCGAAAAUUCCCGACAAAGAAAAGCAUCCAGAUUUGUAUGAAAUGGUUUCAAAGCACAUGAUGCAUGGCCCAUGUGGGAAAAAAUAUCCUACUUGCCCCUGUAUGAUUGAAGGAAAAUGCAGAUUUCACUACCCGCGCCAGUACUCACAGCAAACAACACUAGGAAAAGAUGGCUAUCCUAUAUAUAAAAGACCAAACAACGGACGACAGGUGAAGACAAGAAAAUGCGGAUUGGACAACAGAUGGGUUGUGCCGUAUAGCCCAUAUCUAUUGACCAGAUAUAGUUGCCAUGUAAAUGUAGAAGUUUGCGCGGGAUAUAAAGCAGUAAAAUACUUGUACAAAUAUAUAUACAAAGGGCAUGAUCGGGUAGCUGUAAAUAUAGCUCAUGAUGAAGACGCUAACCAAAUAGAUGAAAUAAAACAAUUCCAAGACGCAAGGUGGGUGUCUGCGCAAGAGGCUAUGUGGAGAAUUUAUGAAUUUGAACUAAAUCAAAUGCAUCCAGCUGUUAUAAAUCUUCAAUUGCACCUCCCGAAUAAGCAAUCAGUUGCAUUUUGGAAGGGACAAGACUUACGAUACGUUGCUGAUUCCGAACACAACAAAAAAACAAUGCUAACAGAGUUCUUUCAUACAUGCGCAACAGACAAGUAUGCUGAAAAACUAUUAUACAGAGAAUUCCCAGAGCAUUAUACAUGGAGCGGGAUGGAAAGAAUAUGGUCAAAAAGAAAAAAUAAAAAAGUGAUAGGGCGUGUCAAUGCAGCAAAUCCAAUUGAAGGCGAGAGAUAUUACAUGAGGAUUUUGUUGAGUCAUGUAAGAGGACCAAAAUCAUUUAAUGAUUUGCUAACUGUCAACGGUGUUCCAUACUCAACAUUCAAGGAAUCAGCAAUGAACAGAGGAUUGCUAGAAUAUGAUAACAGUGCAUCAGAAUGCAUGAAAGAAGCUGUAGAGUACCAAAUGCCAAAAGAACUACGAAGACUAUUUGCCACAUUAUUAGUGUAUUGUGAUCCUCCAAGUGUUAGACAAUUGUGGGACGAUAAUUAUGAAGCCAUGGCAGAAGAUUUUAAAAAAAUACUUGAAAAUUCACUUGAAAUGCAGAUUUCUUCUACUCUUGAAAGCAUCAACUAUUAUUUAAAAAGCAUGGGAAAAAACAUAAAAGACUAUGAUUUACCAAAAGUAAAGGCAAGAGCAGACCAAAUAUUCUCAAACGUGACAAAAGAAAUUGAAGAAGAGAUGGCAAUAGAAGUACCACAAGAAGACCUCGAUGCAACAAAUAAGCUAAAUAAUGAGCAAAUGAAAGCAUAUAAUGUCAUUCUUGCAAGAAUAAAUUCAAAAAAAAGUGGAGCAUUCUUCGUUGAUGGACCAGGUGGAACCGGGAAAACAUUCCUUUAUCGUGCACUCCUUGCUAACAUACGUUCAAAAGGAAUGAUAGCUCUAGCUACAGCAACAUCUGGAGUGGCAGCAGCAAUUAUGCCCGGAGGAAGAACUGCACAUAACCGAUUUUCAAUACCUUUAAGUCCUACGGAGUCCAGCUUAUGUGGGAUUUCAAAACAAACUGGCAAGGCCGAAUUAUUAAGGAAAGCAACACUAAUAAUAUGGGACGAGGCGCCGAUGGCUAAACGAUUUGCAAUAGAAACUGUUGACAGAAGCCUUAAGGAUAUUAUGAACAGUACAGAACCAUUUGGAGGAAAAGUUUUUGUCUUUGGAGGAGAUUUUAGACAAGUACUUCCGGUGGUGCCUAAAGGAACAAGACAAGAAACUGUUAGCUCAAGUCUCAUAAAAUCAUAUCUAUGGGAAAAAAUGGAGGUGUUGAAAUUGACGGUAAAUAUGAGGGCCAAAUCGGACAAAGAUUUUGGCAAUUUUCUACUUCGAAUCGGUAACGGAGAAGAACCAACAAAAGGAGAUAACUUGAUAAAGAUACCAGAAGAGAUGGUAAUAAAAGACGGAGAUGACAAUGCCUCCGAAAAUGCACUUAUUGAUGCAGUGUACCCGUCAUUGCAAGAAAAUUCUACCUCGCCAAAUUUCAUGACAAAUCGAGCAAUAUUGGCAACUAAAAAUGAAUAUGUAGACAAUUUAAACCAAAAGAUGAUAACAUUAUUCCCUGGAGAAAGCAAAAUCUAUAAUAGCUUUGAUGAGGCGGUAGACGAUACAACUAAUUACUAUCAAGAGGAGUUUUUAAAUACUUUACUGCCGAAUGGAUUGCCUCCACAUAAGUUAGAACUGAAAGUCAAUUGCCCUAUCAUGCUGUUAAGAAACUUAGACCCUUCAAAUGGAUUGUGUAAUGGAACAAGAAUGGUAUGCAAAAAAUUUGGUAAUAAUGUCAUACACGCUGAAAUAACAGUGGGCCAACAUACUGGAAAACAAGUGCUUCUACCAAGGAUACCAUUAUCUCCGGCAGAAAAUGAAGGAUAUCCAUUUCGUUUCAAGAGAAAACAAUUUCCUGUGCGUCUCUGUUUUGCUAUGACUAUAAAUAAGGCACAAGGACAAACAAUUCAAAAUGUAGGAGUUUAUUUGCCAGAACCAGUUUUCUCACACGGACAAUUAUAUGUGGCACUUUCUAGAGGAGUUUCAUUGUCAACAACUAAAGUCCUUGUGAAGUCUGAAAAAACAAAGAAAGCAAAAGGAAUAUAUACGAAAAACGUUGUAUAUAAAGAAGUUCUACUUCCUUAG